AUGUCUUCAACUAAGAAGAUCUUGUUUCUCUGCAACAAAGACUAUGGCCAAGCCAAUGUCAUUCUUUCAGCUACUUACGCGUUGAUGCAGAUCAACCCCGAUGUUGAGGUACACAUUGGCUCACAAGCAGGCUUCGACGCUCAGCUCCACCGCUUCGUCAACCAAUGCGGCAAGAUAGAGGGAGCCCCCGCUGGGAACGCCGUCAAGCUACAUCCACUCGUCGGCCUCUCUCACUUCGAGGCCGUAGACAGACCGGACAAUCCUGCCCUGGCUACUUGGCUUACAAAGCCCGGGCUCGUCAAUACCUCCCGCAACAUGCUCACACUUGCCGGCCUCGCCCUCCCAUGGAGCCCGGAGGAGUUUUUCGAGACUUACAAAGCUAUCGAAAAAGUUUUCGAAGAAGUGAAGCCUGAUGUAACUGUGGUGGAGUCAUUCUUCUCUCCGGCUACAACCUUUGCCAACCAUGCGAAGAUCAACUGGAUUUGUCUUGCCCCAAACACCAUCAAAGAAUUCGCGUUGCCAAUGCAACCCAAGUUGGCAAUGCUGUGGAAGUAUCCAAUCAUACAGUCAAGCCUGCCGUUUCCGAUCCCACUGCAUCUCAUCCCUCUCAACGUGUUCUUCAACUUCGUCGCUGGGUAUGGACUGUUCUCCGAUCCGAGAUAUAAGCGAGUCACAGCAUAUUUGGCCAAGCAAGCUGGACCAAACAUCGAGAUCAUCACCUGGAACGAGCUAGGCCUUCUGAAAGCUCCACCCAAGGGCCUUCGGAUCCUCGUCGCCAACAGCCCCGACAUUGAUUUUCCCUUUGAGACGAUCCCUGAGUCCAUCACUCCAUGUGGUUCUAUCACGCGCGCUGCUCCCAAGAUUGAACUCGAAGACCCUGAACUCGCCAAGUGGCUGGGUCGAGGGCCGACAGUCUUCAUCAGCCUCGGCACGCACCACUUUUACGAUAUUCCUAAGGCGACGGAAUUUGCUCAUGCAAUCCGAAAUCUUCUUGAUCAAGUAGAUGAGCACAAGGGUGGUUCUGGAGACGAAACUCGACUCCAAGUCCUAUGGAAGAUGCCGCGCAAGUUGGGAGACAAUGAGAACGCAGCGGAGUACUCUGGGCCAUGGCUUGAUAUCAAGGCACUACUGAGUCCGUUCCUCGAGCAGGAAAGAGUCAAGAUCACAGACUGGGUUACUGCUGAGCCAAAGUCUAUUCUGGAGUCCGGCCAUCUGGUGUGUUGUGUCAGUCAUGGCGGUUCCAACUCUUUCCAUGAAGCUUUAUGUACCGGCAUCCCACAAGUUGUUCUACCAGGCUGGGGCGACUGCUAUGACUUCGCCAUUCGGUCAGAGAUCUUGGGCAUCGGGAAGUGGGCCAACAGGAAGGCCAAGCCUUAUUGGGAGAGAGAUGAACUUUCUGAAAAGCUGAUAGAAGUCGUGCUUGGCCCCGAAGCGCAAGCAAUGCAGGAACGAGCUCGGUCUUUGGCGAAGCAGCACCCCGAGGGCGCGGGAAGAGAGAAAGCUGCAAGAGAGAUUUUGGAUCUACUGGACAAAGUUGAGAAGAAGGACUGA